GGGGAAGAUAUAUGAUUAUUCUAUAUAUAGUUUUUUUUCUCCCCUUUAAUUCACAGAUAGAUAGAUAGACAUAUAUUAGAUAGACACAUAUAUUAUUACACAGGUAGCAUAUUGUAAGCCACGUGUGUUAAGGUUGACACCAAAAAAAAUUAGUCUCAGCUGAACUCAUCAUCGUCAUCAUCAUUUUCAUUUCCUAGACGUGUAUCCAAUAAAAAGGGUAUAGAAGAUAAUUCUAAUUUUAAUCCCUGUCUACUUAUUACUAUUAUUAACAGUAACAUAGUCAUAUAGGACAGUGUGUCAAGGUGAUUUUGUAAAUACACACAUACACACAUACAUUAAAAUGCAUACAUACAUAUAUAUAUAUAUGUAUAUAUAUAAACACACAGCUCUAGGGCACAAAAUCUAUCAUUGGUUUAUCAUAUGUUCUACCUUUAAAGUUUCCCAUCUGUUAACUAUAUAAAUUGUCAAAUCACACGUAUAUUUCCUCAUUAUUCAACGUGUAAUUCGCAUCUAGUCUUGGGUGGUUUAUAUCACUCAAUCAAAGAAGAAGAUAAAGAAGAAGAAGAAGAAGAAGAAGGAGAAAGAUACUGACUAUAUAUUCACAUAUACAGAGAGAUAGAUAGAUAGAUGUAUUCAAUUCCAUGUCUUAUAUAUAAAAUCAUUAUUUGAUAUUCUAUCAUAAUCUUCAAUUCAUUCCAAGAAGAAAAAAAAAUUGAUUCUACCACUGCGCUUUCAGUGAAUAAAACAAUUACACAUAAUAUAUAUUGAAUAGAGUAAUAACAAUAACAACAUAAGGAAUCAUUAUGUGGAUGAAAGAUUGUGAUCAAUGUUCUAUAGCAAAACUUGGAGGUUUACAAAUAUGGAUGCAACAUUUAACUGAUGAACAUGCAAUACCAACAGAAUGGCCUAGUGAUAGAGCUACACGUUUAACUGGUCCUAAUGCAUUACGUCCAUAUACAACAAUAGCUGAAUCAAAAAAGAAACGAAGAAAAGAUAGUAUACCAAGACCAUUGAAUAGUUUUAUGUUAUUUGCCCAACAUAUUCGUCGUAAUGUUCUACGUGUAUUCAGUGAUGCAUCAAAUUCUGUUAUCAGUCAACAAUUAGGAGAUUUAUGGCGUACUGUUCCAAGAAGUUGUCGUAAUCAAUAUGAUGAUGAAGCGAAUAGAUUAGUAAAAAUUCAUCAAAUUGAAUUUCCUAACUAUAAAUAUCAACCUAAAAAACGUCAAAUCACAUCAUCAUCAUCAUCUGCAGCAGCAGCAGCAGCAGCAGCGGCAGCAACAUCAACAACAACAGCUACAACUACUGCUAAUACAUCCAGAAGUAGUAAUGAUCAUAUACGUAUGUUUAAUUCAAAUUCAAAUCAUCUCCAUAACCCUACACACACUCAUACCCAAUCAUCUAUAUCCAUGAAUCAUAUACGAGAGGAUCAAUCCAUAAUAUCAAACAAGUUAUUAUCAUCAACCCAUUUACUUAAAACGAAUACAGACUACAAUGUUGUUUCUUCUUCUUCUUCUUCUCCUUCUACUUCUUCUUCGUCUCCUUCUUCUUCUUCCUCAAAUGGAACAAAUAAACUACCAAUUUUAUCUAAUCGUCAUUGUUCCAUCCCUGGUAUAUCAUCAUCUAUGAAUAGUUCUGUUAUUAGAAAACAAUUAACUAAUGUUCAAGAUGUCAAUAGUCAACAACACAAUGGUAGUAAUGAAUUCAUGAAUAGUUUUAGUCCAUCAAAGGUAGUAUGUAAUACAAUUUAUACUAAAUUAGAACCAAAAUCAUUGAGUGUGAGUAUCAUUAAUACUACUAAUGCUACGACUACUACUACGAAUAACAAUACUACUAAUAGUAGUCAAACAUUAUCAUUUAAACCAACUAUACAUAGUUUAUCAUCAGUGUUACCACCUCUUUUAACUUUAUCAUCAAAUCAUCAUCCACAUAAUCCAAAUCAUCCACAUCCACAUCAUCAUCAACAUCAUCAUCAAACAACUGGAUUAAUGAAUGAACAAUAUUCAUUUAGUAUAUGUGAUUCAGCUUAUGCAUCUGGUAUUAAUAGUUCAUCAUCAUCAUCAGCAUCAUCACCAGCUGUAGGUGAAUUAAUUUCACCAGCAAAAUCAUAUUCAUCAACAUUUUCAUCAACAUCAUCAUCAUCUACUGUCAAUAUAAAACAAAAUAAACAUUCACCAAUACGACGUAAAAUUCAUUUUAUUCCAAUUCGACCACAAUCACAACAAUUAUUACCAGUAGGGAAUCAACCGACACGUCAACGUUUUCUAUCUGCAAAUAAUGGUACUACUACUACUGGUACUGGUACUGCUGCUGUUGGUGCUAGUACUAAUCCUAAUCAUAGUCAUCUAUCAACUAUUGGUAAUAGUUGUCUUCAAAUGAAUAGUUUACAAUUCAAGUCGAACUCUGAAAAUCUUGUCCUACUUUCAAGAAUGACGAAUGAUUUACAUGCUGAACAAAGAGAAGAAUUGAUGAAUGAAACUAUUGUACUUCAAGAUAAUAACAAUCAUGAAAUGUUAACCACCGAUAUUCUAACACCAGUUUACAUUCAAUUAGAUCAUGAAGGACAUAGUUCUCCUACUGAAGGUUUAAUGUUAACAUUACCACCUGGUACAACAUUGAUUCAAACAAAUAAUGAUCAUAUUCAUCGUAGUAUUCCAUCAAAAAGAUUUUAUAUUACUAAUGGUAAUCGGAUUAUACCAGCUAUAUCCAAAUCUGUUCAAAUUUUACAACCAUUAAAAGUAAUGAAUGUGAUACAUCAUCAUCAUCAUAAUCCAAAUCAUUCAUCAUCAUCGACAUCCUCAUCGUCAUCCGCAGCAACAGCGGCAGCCUCAGUAGCAUAUCCAGAUCCUAUUCUAUAUAGUCCUAUAAUGAGUAGUUCCGAAUUAUUAUCAUCUUCAUCAUCAUAUAGUUGUAAUUCAUCACCGAAUUCAAUUGUAUCACCAUUAUCUGGUGAUGUAUUUUUACCAAUGCAACAAGUUGAAUUAAUGCCAAAUUCAUAUGAACAACAAUCAUCUUGUAUGGAUAUAUAUCAAUUUGAUGGACAAAAUCAAUUAGAUAUGUGUAUAGAAGAAGAAGAAGAAGAACUAGUAAGAGGAAUAGGAGGAGGAUUAGUAGAAGAAGGAGAAUACAUGAUUGAUGAAAGAAAAAUGACACAUAUUCAUGCUAAGAAUUUAGAUACUAUAACAAAUAUUAUUAGUAUAGAUGAAUGUAUGGAUAGUGUAAAUAAUGAUUCAGGUAUUCUACAUAAUUGGUCAUCAAAUGGAUCAAUCAUUGAAAAGUCAAUUACAUCAUCCUCAUCGUCAUUACCACUAACAGCAACAACAACAACAACGAUCACUGUGGAUAAUGAUGAUGAUGAUAAUGAUAAUAAUGAGCAUGGUGAGUCUAUAGGUGCUAUAAAUCGACAUCUACCAUUAACUAUUGAUAUUAUGAAAUCAACAAAUGAAAAUUUAAUCACCUUAUCAUCGACAUCUUCAUCAACGAUUACGACAUUAAAUCCUCCGCUUAAUCAUCAUCAUCAUCAUCAUCAACAUCAUCUUCAUCAUAGUAACAUCUCUAUUGAUAAUGAUUUAACCGAUACUGAUUUCUCUAUUACAAAUGAUAAUGAUAAUUUUGAUUCAAGUUUUGAUGCAAUGAUGAAUUCUAUUGAUAUAACAACUUUUUUACCUGGUACAUUUCAAACAAAUGAAGAACAAGAUCAAUCUAUACAUAAUGAUUAUAAUGAUGUCCAAUUGAAUACAUAUAAUAAUGAAACGAACAAUGAUCAUCAUCAUGAAUUCAUGAAAAUGGAUGAAUUCGAUGGAUCAUGUCAUCAUAUCAUCAAUGAUGUCAUGACAACAACAACAGCGGUAACAACGACGCCCACAGCAACAUCUUCAUCAUCAUCAUUUAUGAAUAAGUCAACGAAUUCACAAGUAUACAAUGUUGUUAAAUCUGAUAUUGAUUAUAAUAAUAGUCAUCAUCAACAUCAACAUUAUUUAGGGAAUACAAUGAAUAUGAAUCAUGAAAAUCGUACAGUACGUAUUAUUUCACCAUUACAAAAAGUUGCUAAGCAAUCAUCAUCAUUAUCAUCAUCACUUACCUAUUCACAUCCAACGUCAUCAUCAUCUUCAUCAUCAUUAUUACAAGGAACCCAAUGUUCCACUUCUUUAUUAUCAUCGUCAUCGUCAUCAUCGUCUUCUUCAUCGGUAUUAAGAAUGAAUUCAUUACAUGAAUUAUUAAAUAAUUCACCACAAAUUUGUUCAUCAUCAACAUUAGCAGAUUUGGAUUCAUUAGAUAAAUCUACUUUAUUUAUUAUUAAACCAGAAUGGUCUGUAUUAGCUUAACAACAACAUCAACAACACCAACACCACCACCAACAACAGUAACCAUAAUCAUAAGACUAUUGAACAUUGAUUCGUUAAACCUUGUACAUUGAAUCUAUUCCCUCUCUCUCUCUCUCUCUCUUCUUUUUUAUUGUUUAUCUUGGCAUAUCCUAGUUGUAUAACUCAGGUGGUUUUUCUCAGUUACAUUUUAUUAUUAUUUUUUUUUUGGUUUUUUUUCUACUUUGCUUUUUUUUGUAAUUUUCCAACAACAACAAAAAUAGUUUUUUGUUUAAAACACAAAACAGGUAAAAUAUACGAUUUUGUUUCCCCUACACAACCCCCCUCCUCCUCGUCGUCCCCCCUCCCACCCUCAAUAAAUUAUAUAUUUAAUAUUCUUAAUAUUGUUGACAAGUUACAUUGGAUUAAAGCAUUUAAACAAAUAAAUAAACAAUCGUCAUGGAUCUUAUUGAAUAUUGAUGAAUAUGUUACCCACGGAUAAAAAGGGAUCAUCAUCAUCAUCAUCAUCAUAAUAUGUGCAUUAAAUAUUUGUACAUAUGAAAUCUCAAUCAAUCAAUCAUUCGAUCAAUAUUUUGUUGCCAUGCAUUAUCUUCUAUUUUCAGGUUGUAUAUAACACGUAUUCUCUCCUUGUGCUUUCUUUAUAUUCAAUAAUAAAAUCAAUUUUUUUUCUGUUAUGGGAAUUACAUUACUACUAUUAUUAGUAGUAUAAAUACUAUUUAAAAGUUGGAUGCAUCGUUGGGGGGUGAUGGUUAUAUAAUAUAUAUCCAUAGUAUUUGCUUAACAGUUUUCUUUUUCUUCUGUUUUUUUUUACCUUGGCAUUAUUACCCUUGAUAAACAUUGAGAUUUAAGUGAUUCACUGAACAUCUCAGGACUGUUUUAAUUUUUUUCUAAUGUACGAAGAGAUUUUUCUCUUUUUUUUGUUUUUUUUUUUAAAAAAAAUGCUUUACUACGUACAUACAUGCAUAGUAACAACAUUACUCAAUCUUCCCCCUCUCUCUCUCUCUCUGUUUCCGUCUGUCUCUGGUCAGUUUUUAUGACAGCCUUAUAUAUAAUCAAACCUUAUAGUAUUGAUCGACUAUAGUAAUCAUCAACAUGAUUGUUUCAGCUUAUUCAGUUCCCUUUUUUUUCGUUUUUUUUUUUGGACAGGGAUUCUAUUUUUCUCUUCUUCUUUUUGUAAUAUGUACAGUAUUAAGUCUAUUCUCUUAUAAUAAUAUUGACUAGUCAGGUAAUUGAUUGAAAUCAAGUAUUCUUCAUCAGUGUCGGCGGGAAACAAAUUUUUUCCAUUUAUUGAUUCAUUCAUAGUCUCAGGUGACUUGGUUACUAAUAUUAUUAUUAUUAUUAUUUAUUUAUUAUUAUGUAAUACUUAUCUACUUAUUUGUACUUCUAAUAAGACUUCUUUAAUCAAUAAUUAUUUUUGAAAGCUUUUUUAGAAAUGGAAGUGUAUUCCAAAUUUGAUUGCUUGACAACUAUUAUUAUUAUUAUUAUUUUGUGUAUGUUUCUAUGCGUAUGGUUCCAUAUUCUUUUUAUUAUCAUUAGUAGUAGUAGUAGUAGUAGUA